CCACACAAGCUUCCGAAAGCCCCUCGCUAUGGAAGCUGAGCACCUUGAUGCCACAACCGACGAGCGGAUUGAGCCGUUCGGCAUUCAGCACGAGCCACACCUCAUGAACAAUGACCACGUCAAUGACCAGCAGCAGCAGCAGCCAUCGCAGCAUCAUCCACUGACACAUCCCGAGCCAUCCCAGCAGCAGCCACAGCAUCAGCAUCAUCAACAUCAACAGCACCACAACCAGCUGUCCCCCUCCCUCCCCCCCGCCGGCCUUCCUGUCCUCCCCUCGUCCACCGAUGGCCGAGCACAGCCAGCCGAGGCACUCACCGAGGCCGUCCAGCAGCAGGUGGAGCAACAAGAGCAGCAGCAACAGCUAGAGGACGCCACGGGCAGCAGCGGCCGGCCAAAACGCAAGCGCAUCCCGAAGCAGCAGGACCUCCUGGGCAUGGUGCCCGCCGAAUGGGAGAUGGGGCAGCCGAGGCCGAAAGCACGCAAGAAGAAGAAGGCCAAGGAGGGGGGAAGGGGUGGGGAUGAAGGAGGCGGUGCGCGCGGUGCUGUGGAGCCGGGGAGCCGUCCGCCGGCUAUCGAGACGCCCUUGCUGCUGACUGGCGACAUGCGUGAGAGGCGUGAGUGGGUGACGCCGAAUGUGGAGGGGAAGCUGCGGGUGGUGACCGAGAAGGGGGCGCAGAUGCUCAACCUACUCAGGGGGCUGUUCGAAGGUAUGCAUGUACGCUGCUGAGUGACGGACACAACCGCUGUGCAGUCAUUGCGUCCUUGCUUGCUCCCUCUGUGUGUGCGUGUGCGUGUGUGUGUGUGUGUGUGUGUGAUUGGUUAUGCAGCCUUGCCAUCGGCCGAUCCCCAGUCCACUCUGCCGCUGCCGCCCGCCGGCCUUGACAAGCCGAGGAAGCCGUCCAUCGAGGGACUGCUGGACGUAGGCAAACCCCACACCCACACAGACACUCGCAAUAAGUACGGGUGUGUUGUAUGGUUGUGGUCAUGUUGUGCGUUGUGUGUUGUGUGUGCAGGUGGCCAACAGCGGCCCUCAGUGGAGAGGCAUGCCUUUGCAGUGGCUACCCCGACGGAGAGGCUGCAAGCGGCUCUGGUCCCUCCCCAAGCGGCUCUACACCUCUCUCGGCGCAUACGAGACCAAGACUAUCCGCAGAUCUGUCAUCGACGGGCGGAUUCUGGACGACAGGAGCGACGCCCCCCCUCUGCUGGUGCCGGCGCGUCAGCCGUCCUCUGAGCUGACGUAUGAGUGGACCUGGGGGGAGGAGCUGCUGAUGAAGGGCAUCGGACAGAUGAGGCGGUAUCUGCGGCAACAAUCUGGCGAUUUCGGUGGUGCUUCUGGCGGUGGUGCUGGAGGCGGCGUGGUCAAGCGUGAGGACAGCCCUAACAGUGGUGGUGGUGGUGAUGACACGGGCAUCGGGGCGAUGGCUGAUUUCGGAGCGGGUGGAGUGGGAGGGGGAGCCGACUACUACUUAGACCUCGAGCAAAGGCCGCCCAGACUCGGUGAGGGCGGAUGACACACACACGCGACGACAGACAGACGCACGAGACGAAUGCAUCACUUCAGUCAGGUGCAUCUGUGUAGAUGUCUUUCCAUUAGGUCGCGGCUUCCAAUUGGAUGUGCCGGCCCCUCUCAGCCCUCCCGUGCGCCCCAACAUCCGCCACAAGGCCACACAGACUCCCUCAGACACCCACCCAGACGCCGACCCCUCUGUGACCGAGGAGCCCACUCACCAGGAGUCCCGUGUGGUCAUCCUGGGCGGCAUGCUCUACCGGCAAUUCUGUCUGGGCGCCAACAAGACCUUCAAAGAGACGGGCACACACGCCGACGGGGGGAUGAUCGAUGAGACGGUGGCGAGAGAGGGAAGGCCGAUAUGCCAGCGGCCAUCAUCCCAGCAGCAGGGAGAGAGCCCUCCCCAGCAGCCGGCAGCAGCAGCAGCAGCAGCAUCGUCAGGGGCAGGAGAGUUGGGCGUGCCGCCACCGACCCAGUAUGAUGGUGAGAUUACGACGAGGCCGCUGCCCGAUUCGGUGCAGGAGGUGACGUGGUCGCUGCUCGACUACAUGGGGGAGAGAAUAGGACCUUCCAGACAGGGGUCCGACCUGCUCGCCAAAUUCCUCGCUGACGGUAUGUCAGUCAGAAUGCACGUGACCAGCCACGCCACGCCCUUCUCUCACAACACAUCCUCUCUCUCCCCCAUGCAGAUUGUGUAGAGGCAUGCAAGGCGGGGCUCUUUCUGGGCGCCCUCGGCCGCCCCUCACCGGGCUCGCAGCCGGGUGCCAAGCCCCGCAGCUCAUUCCCCUUCCCCCCAAUGUCGGCAGCUCGCAGCGGCGGCUCGCCGUUUUCCUUGGCGGGCCUGGUGGCUGGAGGAGGACCGGGAGGGCCGCUGAUGCAGCAGCAGAUGCAUCAGGAGUCGCCUGGUGGUGGUCGUGGGGGUGCAAGUGGUUGGGGGAGAGGGGGCAACAGCACACGGGGGAGGGGGCGGGGCAAGAGAGGCGGGUGAGACCGUGUCUCUGCCUUUGCCUUUUUAUUCCUUUGCGGUGGGUCAGGUCAUUCAGUCGUCCGCUCAUGGCCUGAUCUAGCUAGUGUGGAGGGGGGGAAGCGACGAAACCAGCACAACGCACACAUACACACAUACACACACAUGAGAGAGAGAGAGAGAGAGAGAGAAGGUGGGAGGUUUGCCCGUUUAUGUGGAUACAUCGCUGUGUGCCUGUGCCUGAGUGUCCAGCUGGGUUUCCCCCGUACGCAGUCUGGGCGUGACGCCGUUUGCUGUUCACCGAGAUGUGCCAGCAGACAGCGUCGCCUCUGGGGGUCGCAAGGAGGGACACACAGCAAGAACACUCCAGCCGGAUCUCGCCUUUCACCCACAGUGGUUGAUGAUUGUACAGGCCAACCGGACUGGCCGGCCGCCCGUGUGUGUGCUAAUGGAGGUGUUGGUUGAAUCAGCUACAUAGAUG